CCAUUCUUCCCAUGCAUCAUGGCCAGCAUGACCAGCGAAACACCGUCUGCUCGCCCUUACCGCUCGCACAAGGUGCCCGCCUGCGACUUUUGUCGGAAGCGGAGAAGUCGGUGCACGCAGGAGCUGGCCGACCAGCCAUGUCUGCUGUGUCGCAUGCACGGCGCCACCUGCUCCAGGGCGCCCGCCGCCUGCCCGAGAACCAUCGAUGAACACAGGCCCACCCCGAUCGCAAAGAGGCGACGCAUCUCAAAAGACAUCCCGGACCAACAGGCAUCAUCUGCGCCUCUGCCUCCCGAAACGCCUGGCCCAUCGCGCCAUUCCCCACCCGGAGACCGUCACGCACCGACCCCGACACCGGAGUUCACACAGAACAACAAUGUAUGCAGCCAAUCCAGGCACAUUGUGGGACCGGCCAUGGCGCGCGAUGCACAGGUUCUGGAACGAUGCAUGUCGUCGAUCUAUAAUACCGCUGUUUCUUAUGCCAGGCCCAACCCUUACAGCGUCUAUUCCGACGACACGCGGAAUCCGGUUGUCUACAUGAAGGUGCCACGACAACGGGGCGCUGUGCCUUCAGGGAACGGUACUGCUGGGUGGAAGCAAUUUGAGGCGAUGGAAAAGGUUGUUGAGCCGUUGGGGCCUGAGUUGUGUGCUGUCUACUUCAACAACAUCCACCCCCCGUUCCCCAUCCUCGACGAAAAGACGGUUUUGGAAGCAUACCAGCAGGAUGGCCUCCCGCACACCCUCGCCUGUGAAAUCUAUGCUGUCUCGCUGAUCCUCUGGAAACGCUCCCCAGCCACCGCUGCCACUCGACGUCCCGCGCCGGACAUUAAAUAUAUGUGGAAUCUGACAGUCAGCGCGAUGAAUGAUGACUUUCUAAGCCCUAACUUCUCUACCGUUCUUGCCUGCAUUUUGGAUCUUCUCGGUCGGCCGAUCACAUCUAUCACAUACAAUGCUGUCAAUGUCGGUCGUGUUGUCGCCCUGGCGCAGAGUCUGGGCUUGAAUCGGAAUCCGGCCAGCUGGGGACUUGAUCGUCGGCAGAAGAGCCUACGGAUACGGACAUGGUGGGGGAUCUUGAUACAUGAUCAAUGCUUGUCUCACGGGACCCCUCCGCAUAUCCACCGGUCGCAGUGGGAUGUACCUCUACCAGAUUCAGACUCUCUACUUGUCGACCUGCCAAUUGGUCAGAGACUACCCCCCGAUGCACGGGUACAAGGAGGUCACUCUUUUGUUGCAUUAUGCUCUCUGACCACAAUCCUGGGACAAAUCCUGCCGUUGAUCUAUGCUCUCGAGAGUCAGUCAUUGGAUCACUCUUUUAGAACAUUGCGACGACACGAAACAACCCUCAACGAGUGGGAGGAGGGUUUACCGUCGUGGCUUCGGCCCACGUCCCCGGCAUUCGAGCGUAAGGCUGCCGGGGCGCUCAAUCUACAGCUCUCAUUUCUGGCGGUCAAGCUCUGUCUCGCAAGAAUGGCCUUAUUGGUAGGUGAUUCGAAUCCUACAUAUGCCCGUCUAACAUUCAACCAGGAGAUUCACCGAUCGAGCGAGCAGACAGCCGAAGAAGACAAAUUAUACUACAGGUCACGAUGCCGGAAAGCCGCACGAGCUGUGAUAGAAUUUACAACGACUCUCUCAGAGGAUGAGAUAGAUGCCUUCUGGCUACCGUAUACCGCGUACCACUUCACAUCUGCAGCGACAAUGACCCUCCGCUGCGCCCUCGAAGCGGAAAGCGCAGAUACCGCGCAGGAAUGCGUAGCCAGCGCAAAGAGCCUCAUUGACUUUCUUCGGCAGAUGAAAGGCGAAAUGAAUUGGGAUCUGGCCGAUAUAUGCCUUGGGCAGUGUGAGGCUGUGGUUGAUAGAUUAUGCGACACGAAUAAUCUCGAUAUGUGGAGAAAGAACCCACCUGGACAGCACGCAAGUGAGAGGGCGCAGCAGGGCAAUCAGCACCCAUCGACAGCGCCAUUUCCAACACCGGCAGACACAGUGCCCUCCGAUGGGCAUCCAGACGUGCAGAUACAGGCUACUAUGAACUACGGUAACUUGACUGACCAGGUCAAUCCUGAUUAUCUUCAAACGUUGAUGACAUUUGGGUCCAUGCCCGCCAUGGCCUCCGACUAUCCUGCGUUUCCGGAUCUCUGGCAGAUGCCUGAUGUGGAUGCCUAUGAUUUACGCACAUUCCCAUAACGUGGACAACAACAAUAAACGUCUUGCUUUACAAUCAAAGUACAUAUCGGAAGCGGGGGUUCUAAUUCAGUCUCCCAACUCUUCACCUUCCACUGUCGAUGGAUUAGCUGCAGCUGCCGCAUCUCUCUGCUUGUUUCGACGGAUCAACAGAAGCCGCAGGCAUACGGCCAAAGCAGCUUGUGCGGAUGAGCAGGACAAGAUGACCUUGCACCCCGUCUGGUAGAUGGGUGCCUCCUCCGCCAAAAAUGCAUGUGGUCCGAUAAUGUUACCAGCACAGUAUGCCAGGAACACGAGCGCAACACUAGUGACACGCUUCGUGUACCCACCAAGAUUCGUGGCUGGCAUCUGCAGCGCCAGAACCAGCGAGCAGACGUACGCUCCGACGAUGUAGUAACCGAACAGGACGCCGACUUUCUGCGUCUCGUGGGAAAGCUUCCACAUGAUGCAGAUGCCGAUGAUAGUUGGGAUGAGAUACGCGAACAUGACAAUCGUACGACAGUUUGGAAUCCGCGACGCGAUGAAUGUCCCCGAAAGUACCCAGACCAGCUGGAACGCACCAAAGGGGAUGCCCAGCGCAACAGUCGUGAGAGGAUCGCCUGUGAGACCUUUGAUGAUAAGCUUGCUGAAACUAGCGAUACCACCGUUGAUCGUCUCGUUGAGCAGCAUGAAGAGGAACAGGAUCCAGACUUGCGGGUCAACGAACGCCUCCCGGAUCUGGUACCACUUGAUCUGGUGGUUGAGGAUACCCGUUCGAGCGAGCCGGCCGCGUCCGACGAGGAGGGCCUUGUCUUCGAGAGUGAAUCGUUUGGCGGAGAGGAUAUCGUCCGGGAGGAAGACGAGCAUGACGAUUCCCCAGAGUACGGUGAUGCCGCCGAGGAUGAGGAAGAUGGCUCGCCAGACGGCGAUGGUGUUGAUUUGCCCGAUGCCAAAUGUUAACAGGCCGCCUGUCAGUAGCAGUUAGCAAAAAGUCCCAAGAGUGUAGGGCAUUUGUUUGUUGACAUACCAACCAUCGCCCCCAACCCAUUACACGAAUAAAACACUCCCGCACGAAACGGCUGCUCAGCCCGCGUAUACCACAUGCCCACAAUCAUCAUGAAACAAUUCGUAAUGGGCGCCUCAAACACCCCCAGCAGGAACCGACAAAUCGCCAUCCCCGUAAAAUUGCUCGACGCAGCAGUAAUCAUCAACAUGGCGCCCCACGCAAUAAUAUUCCCCGAAACAACCUUGGCCAUCCGCGUCUUCUGCGCCAGGAACGUCCACGGAUACUCUGCCACUAAGUAUGCAAAAUAGAAG